UUGUAAACUCUCCUUGAAUGAAAAAAUAUAAAAAAUAAAUACUGCAAAUGAUUGUUUAUAUUAAAAGAAAUAUAAAGAGCUACCGCUCUUUGGUUUAGCUAGUUUGUGGAAAAAAGACAAGGCAAUAAAUAAGUGGAAGUGGAACAUACAGCUUUACGAAAAUUUUCAAUGCAAAGAGAAAAAAAAAGAGAAAAAAACAGAAUAAAAAUAUACAAUACGUGGCAGUUGUAAAAAAAAUAAUAAAAAUAAGACAAGCUGAUGAAUCUAGAUCACUACUGAUUGUUUACAAAUAAUCAUCAUCAACAAGACCAACAAAGUUGAAAGAUAUUUAAAAGUUUAAAAAACUUGUUGCAGAAAGCAUACUGUGUAAGGUAUGGAGACAUGUUUACCAGUGCAUUGUGUAUGUUAUGUCAAAAUAUGUCAGAAUAAUGACGCAAGUGUUUUAAGAGUUAUCUCAUGAGUACUGUCAACAAACAUAAAAGCCAAAUAAUAAUAUAUAAAUAAGCUGUCAAGUUACUUAAUAGUAAACAAACAAACUAAAAAAUGGGUCUACAUGUAUCUGAAAAACGUUAUAUUAUUGGUUUUUUUAUAAUAUACAUUUGUUUUUGUUUUGUUAUGGAUGUUAAAUUACAUUAUCGUGUUAUAAAUUAUUCAAUAAGACCAGACAAUGGUAUUAAAUAUGAAUCAAGUGUACCAUGUGAUUUAAAUCCAUUUUGUGUUGUAACAGCAAAAGGUUUAAUGUUGGAUUAUAUAAAUUUUUAUAUAUUUGGACCAUUAGCUGCACUUGCUGAUAGAACAAUUGGUUUUAGUAAAUGUUUAUGGUUAUCACCAAAUGCAAUUAGUUUUAGUCAUGUUAUUGUUGCAACAUUGGCUGGUCAUUUAGUAUCAAAUAAAUCAUUAACACAAAGACGUAUUGGUGUUAUAUUAUUUCAAAUACGUACAUGGAUGGAUGAUCUUGAUGGUCUUGUUGCUAGAAAACGUAAAAAUAUUAGUGGUGAACGUUCAGAUGUUGGUAGUUCUGGUUAUUUUAUUGAUGCAAUAUGUGAUGGUCUUGGUACAACAGCAUUAUUAAUUGGUAUAUUUUGUUAUCUUAAAUCAUAUUCACCAAGACAAAGAGGAUAUGAAAAAUUACAACCAAUGAUACCACUUGUUAAUACAAAUCAAAUUGGUUCAUGUGUUGUACAAAAAAAAAAAAUACGUUUUAAUAAUGUAUUACCAACUGUAUUAUUAAUAACUGGUACACUUAUUGGAUCAAGUAUUGCUUGGAAUCGUUAUAUUGAUUUAUAUCAAGUACUGUUAGAAACAGAUAAUGUUGAUAAAUUAAUAUCAAAAAAUGAAUUAUUCACAAGACAAACACAAGUAUUUAGAUCUAAUUCAUUUUGGGUUAUAACAACAGCAUGGAAGCUAAUUAAUCCACAUGCAUUAACUGAUUAUAUAUUAGCAUCAAUAUUUUUUGAUCGUUUAUGGGAAUAUUUACAUGCAGCAAGAUGGAUUAGUUAUAUUAUUAUUGUUGUAUUAGUUUAUUUUACAGACUUUCAAUAUUUUCAAAGUGAUGCUUAUAUUAAAAAUGUGCCGGAUCAAUUAGUAUCAGAAAUAUUUAUGAAUUCAACUGGUUCAUAAUCAAAAUUUUUGUGAUAGACAAUAAAUUUUAA